AUGGCUCAUCGAAUGCUGGCGGACAGGGUCUUCGGUCCAGCGGUUUCUCCGUGUCGGCGAGCAUUCGAUUUCACACUUUUGUUCGAAGAAAUUGUGUUCACCAUAAUCCCCUCGUCCCUGUUCAUCGUAUGUGCCGCUGUGAGGCUGUUCUAUUUGGUCAAGCAGUCGGCCAAAGUCAAGCUAGGAGCCUUGCAUGCCUUCAAAUUAGCUUCUGCGGCCGUAUAUUCGAGUCUUGAAUUGGCUGUGCUCGUACAAGUCUGUGUCCGGCGCAAUGGAGCCACACAUGCUUCUGUUCCCUCUGCCGCGCUGGCAUUUAUCGCGGCUACUUCUGUGGUCAUACUAUCUCACUAUGAGCACACAAAAUCCUAUCGGCCCUCUUUCCUAAUCGCGCUUAACCUCAGUGUUACCGCCUUGCUUGGAGCGGCCAGAACCCGGACGUACUGGCUCAUUGAAGGGAAGGAGAAUCUUGCGAAGACCAGUUUGGCCGCUCUCGUCGUACAGCUCGUCGUGAUAAGCCUGGAGAGUGCUAGUAAAAGGAAUCAUAUCGUCGAUGUAAUUGGCGUUUUAUCGGAGGAAUUGGCUGGCUUUAUGAGCCGGAGCUUGUUCAUUUGGCUCAACCAGGUCAUGAUAACUGGGUACCGAAGAUUGCUCACACCAGCUGAUGUUCGUCCAAUUGAUGUUUCCCUUUGCUCGGUCCGCCUGAAGCCAAAAUUUGACCGCAUUUUGAAAGAGACCAACUGCUUGACGAUCCGAUACCUAGGAUACCACUCCAUCGCUCCUGUGAUCCCAAGGAUUUGCCUCACCGGUUUCACUUUUUCACAGCCCUUCCUUGUCUCAUCGAUGCUUGAGUACCUGGAAGACCGGGAAUCUCGGUCUAUAAACGACGGGUACGGAUUGAUUGCAGCAUGCGCUUUUGUUUACGUGGGGAUUGCGUACUGGCAGCUCAAUUACAAAGCCGUCAUCAUGGUCCGGGGCGGCUUGGUUGACUCAAUCUUCGAAAAGAUACUCAAGCUAAAAGAAGACAAGGACCUUGAAUCAAAGGCACUAACUCUCAUGAUAUCGGACGUACAAAGGAUCGUAAGCAGUGGUGCAUAUUUCCAUGAACUAUGGGCCGCGCUUGUCGAAACUGGUAUUGCGACUUGGCUAUUGUGGCGGCAAGUUGGUCCAUCAAGUCUGGCGGUGCUCGGAUUGGCCCUCGGUACGUUGCAUUUCACUAAAUUUAAGCCACGAUUGGCUCAACGUCCCCAUGGCGAGCAACGAGUCUGGUUGAGUGCCACUGAGCGGAGAAUUGCGGCCACGAAAAAGAUGCUCUCUUCCUUGAAGGCAAUCAGGAUGACUGGUUUGGGCGAAAGAGUCGGGGCUACAAUCGAAGACCUACGCACAAAAGAAUAUGCAGCAUCCAAGAUGUUCCGUGUUCUACUGGUAGGAUCCGCGCUAUCAUCUUAUACUACGCUGACUUUAUCGCCUGUACUCGUUUUUGGAGCCUACAUCGGUUCCACUCAAGCUCAACAUGGAGAUCUUAACGUUACCAGACUAUUUACCUCGCUCAUCCUUAUUACACUGUUGGCCUCUCCCCUUAUACACAUCCUCCAAGUCAUUACAACUAUGGGCGCAGCUAAGGGAUGCUUCGAUCGCAUACAGGCUUUCCUAGACAUAGGAGAAAGGCUAGAUUGCAGAGAUUUUGAAGACGAACAGAGGUAUCGCCUUAACCCUGCUCCGCAGUCUGAGAAGACACCUUUGAAGAAUGCAAAUCUCUCAGAGAAGGCACUGGAGCCAGCCGAUGGCGAAGAUCCAGAUCGUCCUAUCCUGUCAGUGCAAAGCGCUGAUAUUGGUUGGACCUCUCAGUCUCAUCUGAAGAACAUAAAUCUUGAUGUUCGAAAGGGCGAGCACGUUGCUAUCACUGGCCCCGUCGGGUGCGGGAAAUCCUUACUGCUGAAGGCAAUUCUGGGGGAAUCCGAGUUGCUCCAAGGCGCUAUUCGCAUUUGUACAGCAAAGAUCGGAUACUGCGGUCAAGACCCUUGGCUGGAAAACCUAUCUGCCAGACAAAAUGCAUUUAGAUGUGCACCCGUUGACAACGAGUGGCGUGGAGCGGUGAUAGAUGCAUGCGCGUUGGAAGAUAUCUUGUGUAUCGACGUGUCCGAAAAGAACGUGGGCAGCGGAGGUGCUAAAAUCAGUGGUGGGCAAAAGCAGCGACUGGCACUUGCACGCACAAUUGCAUUCCGACCAGAUAUAGUCCUUCUAGAUGAUGUCUUAAGCGCACUUGAUAGAAGGACUCAAAAACGGAUAUCAGAGCGCCUCUUUGGACCACGAGGCAUCUUUCGCCGACUCGGCAUCACAGUCAUUUUUACGACGCAGGACCAAAAUGCGGCAGCAAUGGCAGACAAAACUUACAACUUUGACGAAAGUGGAAACCUCCACCAAGGCGGAUUCGGCAGCGGAGCGAUCACAGAAGAAGGUUCCGAGACUUCAGGGACGGAUGAUCACGCGUCGACCCACAUCACUGAUAAGGCCGUUUACAAAGCUUAUUUCGGUUCCAUCGGUCCCGUCAGCCUUGCACUAUUCUUCGUCGGCGGCAUUUCAUUUGGCUUCACCCUAAGAUUUCCAGACAUAUGGGUGCAAUGGUGGUCCAAUGAUAGCAAUGGAAGUUCCUCCAGGAGCACCGGCUACUGGAUUGGCAUAUAUACGCUACUCGAAAUAUUGCCUCUUAUCGUCAUGUGCUUUUGGCUUGGGCAUCUCUUGCUCCGCAUCGUACCUAGUUCCGGUGGUACACUCCAUCUAAGAUUGCUACAGGCAGUACUAAGAGCAUCAUUUGCCUUUAUCAGUGGCGUUGAUACAGGCAACCUGAUGAACCGCUUUAAUCAAGACCUGAUGCUUGUUGUACUCAUCAUGGUUGCUGCUGCAUAUGUACUUUCCGUCCUUCCUGUGCUCAUUGCCACCCUCUACCUUAUUCAACAUUUCUAUUUGAAGACUUCGAAGCAACUCCGACACCUUGACUUGCAGUCAAAGUCAUGUCUUCACACAAAGUUUUCUGAAACAUGUGCUGGCUUGGUCACAAUCCGAGCGCAUGCGUGGGAAAAUGUUACCCGACAGGAGUUCGCAGAGAAGCUUGAUAGAUCUCAGGAGCCUUUCUACUUGCUCUAUUCAGUCCAACGCUGGCUGCAACUAACAUUGAAUCUGGUGGUUGCAGCGCUAGCUGUCAUAGUAGCUGGCGCUGGUGUAGGGUUGAGAGACAAGAUAAGUCCCGGCGCUGUCGGUGUAGCAUUCUUAAAUGCGACCACCUUGGGCGAAACCUUAACAAACUUCAUUACGGCGUGGACUUCGCUGGAAACGUCCCUUGGUGCUAUCGCGCGAAUAGAAGCGUUCGCGAGAGAUACGCCGGUUGAGCACGAAGCAGAGUCACCGGUUCAAGUUCAACCCGAAUGGCCAGAGCAUGGAAGCGUAGAAUUCGACAAUGUCUGGGCAAGCUAUAACCCUGACGCCGAGAAUCCGGUGUGGGCUCUUCGCGGAGUAAGCAUGAAGAUACAAGCCGGAGAGAAGGUGGCGGUAUGCGGUCGCAGUGGUUGUGGGAAAUCGACCCUUCUCUUGUCACUUCUCUCCAUUAUUGAGACCAGAAGAGGCUCGAUUACGAUUGACGGUGUAGAUGUCUCUCGGGUACUGCACUCCGUCUUGCGAUCUCGGUUUCAAGUGAUUUCGCAGAAUACAUUUGCCCACGGUGAAAGCGUCCGAGACUGUCUUGACCCCGAAGGCAAGUUAAGCGACGAAUUCAUGACAGAUGCACUCGCCGAUUGUGCCAUCUUAGACAAGGUUAACACAUUCGGUGGGCUAUCAGGUAAAAUCUCUGAUGCGAACUUCUCGGCCGGCGAGGCGCAACUUUUCUCGUUGGCAAGGACCAUUUUGGAGGGCGCAUCGGGCAAGAACGCUAUUGUAUUGCUUGACGAGGCUACAAGCAGCAUCGACACCAGCACUGAGCAAAGGAUGAUGAACGUGAUUUCAAAAAGGCUGAAGGGUAGAACGAUUCUAUCUGUACUUCACCGGCUAGAAGCAGCACUGGAGUAUGAUAAAAUCGCGGUUUUGGAGAAUGGGCAGGUUUUGCACUUUGGGGCUCCCGCAGAAGUGGUGGAGAAGUCUGAAUUAUUUGCAGCCUUGAUGGGGCAAUCUUGA